AUGGCAAGAAACUUGCAUCAUGUAAAUGGCGCUUUAGAGAUAGAUGAAUACCCUGAUCUUAAUAAACCGACCGAAACCGAUUUGGUACCAAUCGUACCUUCAACAACUGAAAACUCUUCAAUAGUUAAAUGCCGUCUCGUUGACUAUAGCUCAUCUCCCGAUGUUUCUGACUUCGAAAUGGUAGAAUAUCCUCAUAGGGCAGCAACACAGGUGGAAGAACACUGUGCUUCACCUUCUUUGAUUUCAGAAAAUGACGUUUUUUUGGUAAGUGCCAAUGACAAACCACUUCUAAGCAAUAAGGAUACUUACAAAAUAGAUUUGGGAGUUCCAAGUUGUUCUGGAUUACAUAAACCUAUUCGUCCAAGCUCUAGUUCUAACUCCACAGUUUCUGAUUUAGAUGCUUUAGUUCAUACGUCUACCUUUAAAAAAUGCACUGCUGAAGACAUAUAUAGUUACUCGUCAGCCGAAGAUGAUGAAAAUACUGACUAUUUUAUCCCUAAAGGGCAAAUCACACCUAAGAAACUUAUUAUUAGUUCCUCACAUGAAAUGUACAAAACAAAUAAUGAGAAAUUUAGUGCCUCAGAUGGAGAUUAUAAUAUUAAUUUAAACAAACAAAAUAAAAGUGAGAAACAACAAAAAAAAAAUAGCAAGGUUAAUGCCAAAACUAAUAAACAACAGAAGAAGAAAACAUUAGAUAAGAAAAAUCCUAACACCAAAGAAGUAAACACUGAGAAAAAAGUUUUAAAGUGUAAAGAUAUAACAAAAAAACAACAAAGAAAAAAGAAAAAAGAAGCAAAUAAAUGA